CGGGGCCUUAGGCUAGGCUGUGCUUGCGGAGGGUGUCUGGGCUUAAACUUCCACCAAAUAAUAGCUGUUUGUGUUUUGCUGCUGCAGGAGCCAUUUUAGGAUACUGACAUGAGGACAAAGCCUCAGCUGUAGAAUAAACACCUUCUUCCUAUCCAUUUUAACUGAACAAGUUUCUUCAUUCCUCUCUUCCUUAUAAGAAAAGGCAAUGUAUUGCUCCUGGAGAAGAAAUAAUAUACAUCCCAAAAUUGAUGAUAAUGAAAAUACAGAAGAAAGAAAAACAGCUGCCAAAUUUUAAAGUAUUGAGUCAUUCCCCAAUGUCUGAUGCCUCUCUCAACUUCGAAUGCAAGCCACAGUCCCCAUUUGCUGACAACAUAGAUCAGGAUGAUUUUCAUGACCUGGUGACAAUCUCUGACUUGGCCAGUGUGAGCCUGGCCCAGAAGGACCAGCAGGAUGUGGUACCUGCAGAAGUCCCCAAUGAGAUUCUGCAGACAAUGGUGACCUCCCAUAAUGGGAUGCAAGACGAUGGGGAUGGGGGCACUGGGGUGAAGAAGAAACGGAAGAAAAAAGAACCAGGGCAGCAAGAGCCAGGUGGUGGGAAGGAAGCAAAACCAAAGAGGAAGAGAGAACCUAAGGAACCAAAAGAACCCAAAAAGCCCAAGGAGCCCAAAAAGCCCAAGGAGCCCAAACAGGAGGGGGCCAAAAAACCCAGGAAGCCACGGGAGCCCAAAGUCCCAAAGGAGCCUAAAGAGAAGAAAAGCAACUCUCCUCCCAAAGCCAAGCCCAAGAAGGCCAGCAGCAUGGAGCAAGGACCAACUCCUGUUGAGAAGAAGAAAAAAGGGAAAAGGAAAAGUGACACUCCAGUGGACAGCCUAGAACUAGAUCAAAGUCUUCUUUCAAUGUCUGGGCAGAGCCCUGAGGAGUCUGCUGAAUCAGCUGAUAGCCAGGUAUGCUUGGACCUCUCACUCUGUGGGUAG